CUACCGAGGAACCGAGAGCCAGAUGACUUGGAUCUUCAUGUAAUAACUGACAAAUGGUCCAAGGGUUCAUUAUUCCUUACUGGGCCUAUUUUAGCUAUAUGUCUUCAAAAUGGGCUCCAUCAGCAACGUGAGCUAUUCCCCUGUCAAUGAAGCCCUUCGCAUCCUAGGUUUCUUGUGCAAACAAUCGGAAGCUCUCAAUCUGCCCGACGAGGUAGUUGAGAACCAGGAUGCAGUCACUUUCCACUCGACUACCGACUCGAUCUAUUUCCCUAUUCCUUUCAAGGAGACUGAGACACUGGCCGCUUUGAAGGCUGUGGAAGGGCUAGUAGCAGGGGAGAUUGCGAAUCUUCGAUAUGGAGAAACGUCCCAGAAGAAGAGGUCUGUCAAGGUUAGUUUGGAGGCAGCUACGUAUUUUGGUUGUCAGGCUUAUAUGGCAAAAGUCGGUGGUCUUGGAAAGUUGGACCCUGGUGUGCGGGUCAAAAUUAAAGAUACCGAUCUCCUAGCUGCUCAAUCAAAUGGAUAUCGAAGAAUGUCUGCGAAUCUUUACAGGACUAAAGAUAGGCAAUAUUUCCACAUUCAUGGUUCUCUGGAAGCCACUACAACACUUAAUAUGAUAGGCUUGGAAGGACAUAGACCGGACUUAACCGAUUAUCAGGAGAUUAUCAAGACUAUUGAAGGGGAAGUGGAAAGGUUUACGGCUGCGGAACUUGAAGCCCUGAACGCCGAAAAGAGACAAGCUGGGGUUACCGCGUAUAAAUAUGAAGAUUUUAUACGAACGCCUCAUGGACAAAUUAACGUAAAAGAAUCGCCAUGGAGUGUCACCCCAUUAAAAGGGAAGAUACCACCAACCAAAUUCCCAGCUUCACCAGAAGGCAACCACAAAAUCCUCCAAGGUAUCAAAGUCCUCGAGCUCUGCCGUAUCAUCGCGGGUCCAACCAUCACCCGUAUCCUCGCCGAAUACGGGGCAGAUGUCCUCAAAAUCACCAGCCCAAAUCUGAGUGACGUACCCUUUUUCCAAGUUGAUGGAAACAUGGGCAAACACGCCGCUGAUCUGGAUCUGAAGACUGUUGAAGGAAAAGUUGAAUUUGAGAAGUUGCUGGCUGAUGUCGAUGUGUUUGUGGAUGGGUAUCGACCUGGUGCCCUGGAGAGACUUGGGUAUGGUCCGGAGAAAUUGGCUGAAUUAGCAGAGAAACGAGGGAAGGGGAUUGUCUACGUGAAUGAGAAUUGUUUCGGGUAUAAGGGGGAAUGGGCAGGCCGUCCGGGAUGGCAACAGAUUGCAGAUUGCGUGACUGGCGUUGCAUGGGCACAGGGACAAUUCAUGGGUCUCAACUCCCCAGUUGUCCCUCCAUUUCCCAUCUCAGACUACGGAACAGGCUGUAUGGGUGCCAUCGCCGCGUUGAUAGGUCUCUACCACCGCGCCAAAACAGGAGGAUCCUAUCACGGCAAAUCCUCACUCAUGCACUACGAUCUUCUACUCUUUGCCGCUGGACAAUAUUCCGCAGAGAUACAGGAAAAGCUACGCAGAGAGCAAUCACCCGAAUUCUUCGCACUGAGACACCACGACAGCGUCGAUCGUAUUUCAGCGACGACGUUGCGUAUGCUUCGAAAGCGGUUUCCGGACUUAUUCAGCGCUGACUCUUCUUAUUCGCCGUCACCAUUCACGGAGAAAUGGUUCUCGGAAAAGUAUGGUGAAGAAAUUGAAAUUGUGAAGCCGGUGGCGCAGAUUGAAGGUGUGGAUAAUGGGUUUGUUCGUGCCAGUCGGCCGAAUGGGAGUGAUAGACCGGUUUGGGAGGAUUUUGUGGCCGACGAAAAGGACUAUCGGAUUUAGGGUUGUUGAAUCGUCUUGCGCCUACAGUCGAUGCAUAACAAGGGUUGGAUGUGGGUUGAUCUGUAGGUUAUAGAUAAAUUGGCAUUUCAAUCACAGAAUUCGGGAAGGUGAAUUAUAUC